AUGAUACCAAGCAUUGAUCAGGUCAAGUUCAGAGACUAUGGUAGCAUUAUGUCAGUGCACAAUGUUUGGAAUCGAUUGAACAUGCCAGAGUUAUUGAAUGAGUUGGCCAACUCAAGAUCAAUCUCCAAACUGUUGUACUCUGGUUCAUUCACAGUAACGUUGCCAAUGUUUGAUCUGCCAUUGACAGAGGUACAACUGCAUCUUAAGAUCACAGACCAUAUCACACCAGGCUAUCUUCCACGAUCAUUGAUCACACUGGAGAUCCAAGGAGUGUACGACCGAUCAUUUGAUGGCGGCGUUCUCCCGAGUGGACUAAAGAGCUUGAACCUUGGACAGUGCGAGCAAUGGAAUCAACCGAUAGGACCCGACACACUGCCAUCACAACUGGAGCAAUUGGUGUUUGGUCCAUCAUUCAAUCUACCAAUCAAUCCAAGAGUCCUCCCUGCGACAUUGAUGACACUUGUGUUUGGAUCCGCAUUUGAUCAACCUUUGGACACUCAUCAGGACAUACUGCCGGCCACUCUAACUUGUUUGGGUUUGAGGGAAUCAGCCUUCAACCUUCCUCUUGUUGGUCUACCUCCAACAGUCACAGAGCUCACACUUAGUCAAACAUACACUCAACCAAUCAUUGCUCAUCAAUCAUUAUUACUUCUCAAUAUCGAAUGCUAUCCAUUGUUCCGCUCCAAUGUGGAUAUCUUUACCAAUCUCCAAGAGAUUGAGAUUGUUGCCGAUCUUCCAUCACUGCCAGCCAUCACAUCGUCAGCCUUUCCCAACUUGGUCGAGCUCAACAUUGAUCAAUUCAUUGGCGAUGGACCUCUUGACCUCUCAGCACUGCCCACAUCACUCCGACGUCUUUACCUUCAAACUGAGCGACCACUCACAGGCAUUCCACAUGGUAUCGAAAUGCUAUUCAUAUGCUUUGUGCCAAGAAAUGAUCACAUUGUUUACGAUGAGUUGUCCAAUAAUUUGGUACCAGACUCUGUUACCAGUCUCUAUCUCACACUCAACAAUCCAAUUAAUGUUGGUGAUAUUCCGUCGUCGGUGACCAGGCUUCAAUUGGAAGGAUAUGAACAUCGACUCAAUGUAGCAGAGGUCAUUCCAAAGUCUGUGCGGAAAUUAUUAUUACGAGGAUAUCGCCAUGAGAUCAACUCUGAAUUCCUUCGACAACUUCCUGAGACAGUGAGCCGACUCAGUGUCGGUAUCAACGACUAUUUGGAUCAGAUGCAACAUCUACUACGCCUAUCAGACACUCUAUUCUUCAACUACCAACAAAAUCUACAGAGUACAGGCUUUAUCAAUAUCGAUCGUGUCCACGAGUCAUUGGCUGGAAACAAAUUAUUAAAUAAUUUGUUGUAA